UUGCCCCAGCAGCAAGCGCAAAGAGCUCACUAAACAAAAGCAGAGGGAGGGAGGGCCAGGCCACCGCCACCGCCAAGCGAGAGGAAACACCACCCCACCCCCGCCGCGCGCGUGGACCCUACUCCGCCGCCCACGGAUUCAUCCUCCGCCCGAGUCGCGUGUGAGCGGCGUCGAAUCCGACCAGGCUGCCGCUUCCGGCAAAGCAUCCAGGAGCAGCAGCAGCUACCAGCUAGCUCUCGCAAUGAGCAUGGGCACGCCCACCUCGUGGCUGUUCGCGUCGGACAACUCGCGGUACAGCACCCGGGCGCGGCUGCUCUUCAUGGGCCUCUCCUUCGCCAUCGGCAUCCUCACGUUCCUCCUCUACCUCGCCAUCUGGUACCUCUGCAGCCGCCGCCGCCAACUCCGCCGCCGUCAGCGCGGCGAGCUCUUCGCGCCCGGGGUGGGCGACACGGACGGCGACCACGGCAUGAGCGCGGACGCGAUCGCCGCGCUGCCGACGUUCGUGCACGGGGCGGAGGCGCCGGCGCUCGACUGCCCGGUAUGCCUCGGCCAGGUGGAGGCCGGGGAGAAGGUGCGGCGGCUGCCCAAGUGCGCGCACUCCUUCCACGCCGACUGCGUCGACGCCUGGCUCCGCGCCCACUCCACCUGCCCCAUGUGCCGCGCCGCCGUCGGCACCGCAGCCGCCGCCACCGCCACCAAGCAGCAGGCCGAGGUGGCGGCCGUCGUCGUCGUCGUCCCCGUCUCGUCCCCGCCGGCGGAGGCGUUGCCACCUGUGUAGUGUGGCGUACGUCUGUCGUGUGGAUCGAUGCGAGGAGAUGGAGGACCACCGCGCGCCGCCUGGGCCGGCUGGGAAUGCUUGAAGCUGACUGAUCGCACGCAUGAUUGGAGAACAGCAACGGCGAGUUGCUACAACAGUGAUAGACACAGCACAGCAGUGCUAUCUUUAGCUUAGCUAGAGUGGUGACGUACUAGGAUCGUAUCACCAUCGUACGUAUCUGGCUGCGUGUUCACAUAUAGAGGCUUAUUAUUAUAUUAGUUAAUUAAUUAAUUGAUUAAUUAAACAACCGUGGAGAUUUGUUGGUUCGCGAUGCGUACUUGUACUACAGUAGUACAGCGAUAUUUGAGUGUGACGUCAAGACUGUGUGUUGCUA